GCUACUUCCGGUUUCGCGGUUGAGCGUUGUUGUUCGUUGCUUCGGUCAACUUCACGACAAUCGUACACCGUCUAUUAUGAUUUAACCAAGUGAUGCGAAGCGAUCAGAGGUCGACUAAAAGACAAUUAUAAGUUUAUUCUAACAUCAAAUAAUGGAUAUCCUUAACGUAGAGAGUCGAGAGCCGGCUCUCCCUCUCUCUGCCCUGCGUCUGGUUGUUCCACCUCUCCGGCUGAUGUCAGCAUUUCUAUGGCAGGUGAUUCAGCGGCGCAAUGUGACACAGUACGGGAAACUGGAGCAAUUUGUAAAUCUGGUGACAGAGAACGUUCCAGACAUCAUGAGUCGGAGUCUGGUUAAUAAACUAAUCUUUCACAUGAGAAAAAAGGUGAUCCUAGAGCUUUGUCUGAAAGAUAAAAUGCCAGAUCUGUGGAUCAUUCAGGCACAUCUGGAUUCUCUCCGAAAUCUCACACACAAAUGUAAAGAUGUGGAAAGUGAGAUCAUCAAUAACAAAUUCAUUAGAACGAUGCACAGCAUUUUAGAAGACACAGAAAAGAAAGAGGAUUUCCUCCAGCACAUAUUCCCUGUAGAAUAUGGUUCAGGAUAUGAUGCAGUUUUACAGAGUCUUGCAUGGGAGUUUCUGUCUCGAGUGGAAGAUCUGCUGCCGGUGCCCAAUCUUAAAGAGACAGCUUCCCGGCUCUGCGGUGGCCUCUCGAUGAUGGAGGAGAUCGUGCAGCCACUCUCAGACCCAGCUGAAAUCAAGGAUGUGCUCCAGCACUUUAAAAGCAAAAGACUGCACACAAUAAACAAUGAGGACUCUCCCAGAGUUAUCAGUGAAAUGUCCAUUCCCUCUGCAGCGGAAGUAGUUUGUUUGCCUCAUCCAAUCGCACAAGAAACAAUGUCCCCUACCAUUACCAUCGAGCAAGAGGAACCUCUGCCUCCCACUUCCAUUGCACAAGAGACGAUUAUCAUUGAAUCCGAAGCCACAGAGAACCAAUCCGAAUCAGAUCACGCUGCCAUCGCUAUAAUGAGCCCCUCUCAGAGCUACACAGAAGAAGCAGAGACUUUAGCUGUCACUGAGGAGUUUGCGACAAUAGAAGAAGCAGAGGACGGAUUACAACAAGAGGAGACUCUCUGCGAAGAGAAAGACUCGGGUAUAUGUGAAGUCCAGCAGAUCUAUCUCACCGCCGACGGCUCUACGGUAGUGGUGUCAGAGUUUGAUAAUGAAGGAGAGGAAGUGCAGUUUCUCGAGCAAUCAGAAAUGGUGGAAACGCCUGGUGUGCGGCAGGUCAGUUUAGAGCAGUGGAUAUCAGAGUUGACUGGAAAGGGCGUCUCACUGCCUGUUUUGCCUCCGACUCCUGUUGAGAUCGUGAGGGAGGAGACCAUCUUCGUUCCUGUCAUAGAAAGACCGCCAUCUGUAAAGUCCAUCAUACACAGAAAAAGCAGUCCACCUAGAGCUGCGGUAUCCAAAAAGUCAGCAUCAGCCUCCCUGGAAUCCCAAACAACACAGGAUGAGAAAAGACACGCUUGUCCAGAGUGUCACAAAGAGUUUCGCUUCGAGUGCCUGCUCAGGAAUCACAUGCGCACACACACUGGCGAACGCCCGUUCCAGUGUUCGGACUGUGGAAAAAGCUUCAGGUGUCUGAGUUUCUUGACCAAUCACAUCAAAACACACUCGCUCGCCAGACCAUUCAAAUGCUCGCAAUGCAUCAAGACUUUCCGCAAGAAAGCCGACCUCAUCAAGCACAUCCGUGUGCACACUGGCGAAAAACCAUACAAGUGCACAAUCUGCGGCAAGAGUUUCUCGCAAGGCUCCUAUUUGAAGAUCCACCGCGAAUGCCACACUUCAGAAAACCUCCACCAGUGUCCUCACUGCGACAAAAGUUUCCCCACAGCCUUUAAGCUGUCAAUACACGUCCGCUACCAUUCCAUGGAGCGAUCGUACAAGUGCAGCCAGUGUGGGAAGAGUUUCAUCUACGCCAGCCUGCUCAGAAGACACAAAGGCUACCAUGCAGGCGAGCGCCAGUAUCUGUGCUCCAUCUGCGGCAAGUCUUUCGUCUACAUGUUCGACUUGAAAAAGCACCAGCGCAAUCAUGAAAGACCCAGACUUAAGAUCCCGUGCACCCUUUGCCACAAGACGUUCGCUGGACCAGAGAUGCUGAGAUGCCACCUGCGUAUACACACCGGAGAGCGGCCAUUCCGUUGUAAAAUAUGCGGAAAGGCUUUUUCUCAGAUUGGGAAUAUGAAGAGACAUGAGCGCGUGCACACUGGCGAAAGACCGUUUACCUGUGAAAGAUGCGGAAAGACUUAUAAGCACUCGUCACAUCUUAAGAACCACAUGCUGAGCCAUACAGGUGAGCGGCCGUGGCAGUGCUCCCACUGCGGAAAGAGCUUCAAGUUUGCCGGACCGCUGAAGAAGCAUGAGAGGACGCAUCUUGGGGAACGUGGGAAUCGCAGAAGAAGCUACGACCAAACUCGGGGCCGUGCGAAGCCAGAUCCCAAAAGCCCUUAACUGAACAUCUCUAUCUGGCUAAUUAAAGUGACUAGUUAAUCAUGUAACUCAUGGGUCUCAAACUCAAUUCCUGGAGGGCCGCAGCUCUGCACAGUUUUCCUCCAAGCCUAUCAAACACAGCUGAUCCAAUUAAUCAAGGUGUUCAAAAGAGUUAUGAACACCUUGAUUAAUGAGAUCAGCUGUGUUUGAUCAGGGUUGGUGUAGAGCUGCAACUCUCCAGGCCGUCGCGUUUGCGAUCUAUGGUGUAACUAAUCACUACUUUAAAACAGGGGUGUCCAAACUCGGUCCUGGAGGGCCGGUGUCCUGCAUAUUUUACUUCCAACCCCAAUUAAACACACCUGAACCAGAUAAUCAAGCUCUUUCUAGGUAUACUAGAAACUUCCAGCCAGGUGUGUUGAAGGAGCUAAACUAUGCAGGACACUGGCCCUCCAGGACCGAGUUUGGACACCCCUGCUUUAAAAGGAAACAUGUUUUUUCAAACCAUACUUGUUUAGGCAAGAUACCUUUGUACUUUACAUAGUUGAUGGCAUUUAUGUUGAUAACACUUAAAGGGAUGAUUAAAAAAUUCAAAUUUGCUGUUUAUUUACUCUCUCUCAGGCCUUCAAAUGUAUUGUUGGUUGUAUUUUUUUUUGUCUUUAGCAUAACAUUAGAAACUGUGGCCCUUGGUGAUCUAUAAAAUAGUCAACUAGUACUUUGAUGGUCACUCAAAAAAAAAGAGAUGAAAUAAAUACCCCGUGGGUCCUGUCGAAGUACAAAGAGGCAAGAUAGAUGGUUGAUGAGGCAGUUGAAUCAAGGUCAUGCUGAGUUCACACUCACAGAUAUUUGACUGAAUAGAAUAUGCAUAUUUGGCGUGCUAUGCGGGGAAAGGGCUCUGAGCUCGGGAAGACACCCUAACUCGUGUUGUUCCCUCAUCAGGAUAGAGCGAGAUAAGGUCCGAGCCCAGUGUCUAGCCUGGCUCCAGAACGCUCCCCCCUCAGAUUUAAAUAGGUAUCGGGUUUAAUAGUGUGGAGUUGGGGUGGUGGAGGGACGCUGAAGUCGAGAGAAAACAGAGGUAUGACGUGUUUGACUGUUUAUAGGGGUUUGGUCAUGAGCUGAUUGGAUAAUAGAAUAAUUGUCUGAUGAAUUAGCCUGGUCAAAGACUGAUCGUGCUCCUCCCGAAAUUUGUUUAUAAAACAUUACUUUCAGCAUUCAGUUACUUGUAGAAUAUUCAGUAUUAAAGUUUUUUUUUUCCAGCAUAAAUUUAUUUUUACUCUUGAAGGCCUGCUAGCUGUUGAUUUCUAAAUCACCAAGGACCAGUUUCAGCUCAAAUAUUCUUCAGUGUUAUACUAAAGUGAAAAAGUUCAUCUACAUUUUGAACAGCCUGAGGGUUAGUAAGUUAAUGGCAGAUUUAAAUAUUUAGGUGAACUAUCCCUUCAAGUCCAGAAAGCCUGUUGUCAUAAUCAUUACGUUUUUUUUUUCAAUCAUGCUGGACAAAGAAUCAGAAAUAAAUAAUCUGUUUAUUGCACAGUAAAAUUCCUAAACAACACAGUGUUGGAUUUAAACCAUUGUUAAUGUUUGUCUUGAAGCAGUAUUUGUCUAGCAAAACUGUAAUACUGUUCACUUUCCCAUCAUUGAGCAGAAUGCAUUGUAUUGUUAUAUACAAUUGGCUCAUGCCAGUACACAUUAGAUAUACUCUUAAAAAGAGAUGGAGAUGUGAUCAAUGAGCUUUGGCAUUAUCCUGUUUAACAGUGACGUAGCAUUUGUAUAAUGUAUAUAUUAAAAUUUGUAACAUCUAGCAAA